AUGGCCACUGAGCAAUCUGAAAGCAGCAAAGAUCGGUUCCGGUCAACUGCAUUGCGCCAUGCCAGGGAUAUCGAGGAGAGGAAGAAACUACAGGCUCGCAUAGCCGAUCUUGUGGUCGAAGCAUUUGACCUGCCAUCCAGCCCGGAUGCCGACCCAGCAAAGCCACAGCCAUCUGACGCUUCUCUCUUCAGACAUUGUCUGAGCCUAUUCCAGUCCUCGGAUUUGGAUGAUCUCAUCUACGAGCGAAACGUAGAUAAUCGAUGUGGCUAUGCUCUUUGCCCAAGACCGAAUCUGAGGCUCGCACACGGCGGCGAGAAAGUGUGGAAUCAGAAGGGCGGCAAGGACUUUAAGCUGGUCGAUAGAAGCGAGCUGGAAAAGUGGUGUUCAAAAGCCUGUCAAGAGAGAACUGCUUUUGUGCGCGCCCAGCUUGGAACGGAGCCGGCGUGGCUUCGAACCAGUCAGGCUGUCGACAUCAGACUGCUUGAUGAAGUUGGUGCUGAGGAUCUUGCCGACCCUUUCAAGGGGCUCUCGCUUGCUGAAGCGCCUGACGCAGAAAUAGCCGAGAAGAUGCAGGCUCUCGCACUCGAACGUGGAGAGCUGAAUGUCAAAGCUGAUGAAAACACUGUUGACCUUGUUGAGAGGACAAGUGACGCGAUACCGAGAGCCCCGACAUUGAAGGGGCACCAACCACAAAAUACCAUUGAAGGACACCAACCACGAAAAGUCCGCUUCUUGGGAAAGUGA